AUGUCCAUGAAUUGUUGCAUCCCAACAUACAGCAUUGUUCAGGGGACAGGGUCUCCACUGAUUGGUUGGCAUCAAGGAAGGGGGUCAUCAGUCAAUGCAGCUGGUCCUGACUUCAGCCAUGGCAUCCCUCUAUCUGGUUUUACUGCUCUUCUGGUCCUGGAGCUGAAACACAGCCGAGGCCUAGAUGUCAUCGCCAAGGCUUGUAGUUUGCCUGUUGCUAGGCACCUGGGGCUCUCCACCCUGCCUCAGACGAUUCAGCAAACUCUCAAGAGGACAUUGCAGUAUUAUGAGCACCAAGUUAUUGGUUAUAGGGAUGCAGAAAAGAAUUUCCACAAUAUCUCCAACAGAUGCUCCUAUGCGGACCAUUCCAACAAAGAGGAAAUCGAGGACAUCUCGGGAAUUCUUCAGUGCACUGCUAAUAUACUUGGAUUGAAGUUCGAGGAAAUUCAAGAAAGAUUUGGUGAGGAGUUCUUUAAUACAUGCUUUGAUGAGAACGAGAGAGUCCUUCGAGCUGUCGGUGGCACGUUGCAGGACUUCUUUAAUGGCUUCGAUGCUUUGUUGGAACACAUUAGAACUUCUUUUGGAAAACAGGCCACUCUGGAGUCACCAUCAUUCCUAUGCAAAGAGCUCCCUGAAGGUGCUCUCAUGCUCCACUACUUCCACCCUCACCAGAUUGUGGGCUUUGCGAUGCUGGGGAUGAUUAAGGCCGCAGGAAAGAAGAUCUAUCGGCUGGAUGUGGAAGUGGAACAGGUGGCAAAUGAGUUAUGCUCUGAUGGCUCAAACCCAGGCAACUGUAGCUGUCUCACUUUUCUUAUCAAAGAAUGUGAAAAUGCUACUAUCUCGAAGAACCUUCCACAGGGAACCUCCCAAGUUCCCGAGGACCUCAGAAUUAGCAUCAACACCUUCUGCAGAGCCUUUCCUUUCCACUUGAUGUUUGACCCCCACAUGGCAGUCCUCCAGCUGGGGGAAGGCCUGCGGAAGCAGCUUCGAUGCGACACUCACAAAGUGCUCAAGUUCGAGGACUGCUUCGAGAUCGUUUCUCCGAAGGUGACUGCUACCUUCGAAAGGGUUCUGCUGCGACUGUCCACCCCAUUUGUGAUUAGGACCAAGCCCGAGGCUUCUGGCACGGAAAAUAAAGACAAGGUGAUGGAAGUCAAAGGACAAAUGAUCCACGUCCCAGAAUCAAAUUCCAUUUUAUUUUUGGGCUCUCCAUGUGUGGACAAGUUGGAUGAACUCAUGGGCCGGGGACUGCAUCUCUCAGACAUCCCCAUCCAUGAUGCCACCCGAGAUGUCAUUUUGGUUGGCGAGCAGGCUAAGGCCCAAGAUGGCUUGAAGAAGAGGAUGGAUAAAUUAAAGGCAACUUUAGAAAGAACUCACCAGGCCCUGGAAGAAGAGAAGAAGAAAACAGUGGAUCUUCUAUACUCUAUUUUUCCCGGUGAUGUAGCCCAGCAACUGUGGCAAGGGCAGCAAGUGCAGGCCAGAAAGUUUGACGAUGUCACCAUGCUCUUUUCGGACAUAGUUGGCUUCACGGCCAUCUGCGCACAGUGCACCCCCAUGCAAGUGAUCAGCAUGCUGAAUGAGCUCUACACCAGAUUCGACCACCAGUGUGGAUUUUUGGAUAUUUAUAAGGUGGAAACAAUAGGUGACGCAUACUGUGUCGCUGCAGGCCUGCACAGGAAAAGCCUCUGCCAUGCGAAGCCCAUUGCGCUCAUGGCCCUGAAGAUGAUGGAGCUUUCAGAAGAGGUGCUGACACCUGACGGGAGGCCCAUCCAGAUGAGGAUAGGCAUUCAUUCAGGCUCUGUGCUGGCUGGAGUUGUUGGGGUAAGAAUGCCACGAUAUUGCCUGUUUGGAAAUAACGUCACUCUGGCAAGCAAAUUCGAAUCGGGAAGCCACCCUCGGCGCAUCAAUGUCAGCCCCACCACCUACCAAUUAUUAAAACGGGAAGAAAGUUUCACAUUCAUUCCUCGGUCCCGUGAAGACCUUCCGGACAACUUUCCAAAGGAAAUUCCCGGGAUCUGCUAUUUCCUGGAGGUAAGGACUGGCCCCAGGCAGCCAAAGCCUUCUCUUUCCUCAUCGAGAAUCAAAAAGGUUUCCUACAACAUCGGCACCAUGUUCCUCCGGGAGACAAGCCUCUGAGACGUGCGACAGAUCAAAGACUCCUCCAAAAGCACAAGCCCAGAACACAGGGCACGACGGGAAGGUGGCGAGGGGUUCUCUUUCACUGCUUCGUUGGGGACAAACAGCGGACUUUCUGUGACAUCAGGCAAUAAUCCUAGAAAAAGGCGGGCGAUGACUGUCAAUUAAAAAACAACUGGAGGGUGGGGGAAACAAGGCGUGUCCAUUCGUAGGAGUGUUCUUGGUCACAUAUAUAUUUUAAUUACAAGUGUGGGCCCCCUUUCAAAACUAACCGAUAAAUAGCGUUCAUGUUUGCUUGUUUGUCACACAUACAGAUAUCUUUCCCUCUAUAUUUGUAUCACUUUUGACAGCCAGUUUUAGUAUAUAUUCCUACAUUCAGUGAGGUGGUAUGUGAAGGAUAUUUUCUAACUUUGUUUUUUUCUGAAUAGACAUUUCAUACAUAUGUCAUGGCAGUGUGGUAAGCUUCCCAGCAGGAAGAACUGUAACUCAGCAAAAUAUUUUAGGGAUAUUACCUAUUUUUAUACACAUCUCUUCUAGAUAAUUACCUUUCACACAACAUGAUGAGAUGUCCUGAAUCUGUUACUGUAUAGUUGGUAAAUAGUGUAACUCUAACCUAUUCUUCGAAUAUAGUUUUAUUUACCUAGAGUCUUUAGUGCUUAGACUUGAGGACACAUAUAACCAAGAAUUUCAGAUGCUGAGAAAGAAUUGUACAUCUGCUUAGUAAAUAUAUCCUGUAGAUUUAAUUCAUGUAACAUGGGACCCAGAGCAAAUGGAAUUUCCUAAUAGUAGCUAAGAUUAAAGAAAGAUCCUUUUUUUGCCAUCUUCUAACAAGAAUCAGUCAAA